GACGCGAAUAUGUAAUCACCGUCUGCACGUCUUAAUUUCAUACCGUUUACGUUUCACCCUGCCGAGUCAUGUCAUGCCGAAGUAAACAAAACGCGAACAUCUCCUAGGCAGCAGCAAUCGGACCGAAAUGAACAUACACCUCUGUACCCUUCAUCUACACAAUUAAGCCUCGUGAACAACAAUUGCAUUCCAAACCUCCAUCACAAUCCUCCCUGUAGCUCCACUGAUAUACUACCAACCUCCUCUCAAUGUCUCCCCCAACGCUCCUUACAAUUCCCCGCGAAUUGCGCGACGAAAUCUACCAUCUGCUCCUCCUCCCACCGCAGAUGAUCCCCUCGACCGCUCCCAAGAACCGCUACGCUAGUCACCACUUCGCCAAACCACCACCCAACUACAUCGAUAAAAGCAUCUUCCUGCCGGCCCAGUUUCCUCUGUACCUCCUCCACGUCUGCCAGCAAAUCCGCGCAGAAUGCACCCAAACCCUUAUCGACAUCGCCAACUCGAGUCCCAAACAAUCACGCCUGCGGAAACAAUGUGAAGGCUUAGUAGAGCCUGACCCUUCUAGUGCAAGCAGCAUGUACGAGGCCAGAAAGCUUCUCGAGACUGACAUGUGGCCACAAAUCACGAUGGAUGUCCUCCGAGCUGUGCAUGCCUCCUUCGGUGGGAUGCAUAUUCCAGAGAGAACCUCGCUUUCGCCCACCUUCUUCUCCCUUCUCCCGAUCAUGCAACAUGUCCGUCAACUCCAGUUCGCCAUAUGGCCCGGGUGGGCUUGGUGGAACGGCCCUCCCAAAAGACGCGCGAAUCCUGUCCCGAGCCUACGCAGCUUACGCCUCCACCGCCUGUCGGGCUCCCCUGAUCAGACUUAUGAAAGUACAACUCCGGAGUUGGUGGAGACUUCGGAGCCAGACCAGCUGGCCACAGCGUUGGAGGCAGUUCUAGCGCGGCUGCCGUGUGUGGACGAUGUCAGUAUUGAUGUCUUGAUGCACAUGUAUAAUUAUUCGAACUUCGACUUGCCGGAUAAGAAAUGGGAAAGGGUGCAGGGGUGGCUGGAUAAGCCGGUGGAGACGGGAACAGGGAGGAGGUGGAAGAGGGUUCGGAGGCAGAUGGUUGCGGUAAAUUUCUCCGCGUCGUGGUGGCUGAUACCCUUUUACAAGAAGACAGAGGUGUGGGAGGAGGGCGAGGGCGAAGUGCAGGAAGGCGGAAAGAGAGGGAGAAUCGUAAACGUCGUUGAGGAGAUGACUGAGUUGGCUGAGGAAUGGGAGGAUGCGGCGGCCAAAGCUAAGAGGGGUGAGGCAGACGAAACAAAAAUUUAUACCAGGAUCGAUACCGACGCAGCUCCAGCAGAGGUCAACUCUACAUUGGUUGGUAAAUUGGGAACUAUGAUCUUUGGAUCUAGGUGAAAUCUCGACCGUCCUCUAUAAGGGGCUCUGUUCAAAGGGAGUACGAUACAGUGCUAGGUCAUAAAUCCAGGCACACGAAUAUACCAAUGCUCUGGCAUCACUUGCUCUCUCGAAACCACCGUAAGGAGUGCCCUAGGUAAUAUGUCUCUAGUUAUUCAGAAGGUAGUCUCAUUCUUACUUCGGUAACCUUGACAUCGUAUUCGGAGUUUCCAAAGCCUGUCGGGGUACCCUAAACAGUUGCAAGAAGUGCCCAAACUUACGUCUUAGAACUAUACAUUAUGGUCUAACGAAGUUUCCAAAGCAAGCAGUUGAUAUAUAUCUCUUCUUCUUGUUACGUUCCACGCUUUAAGCAUCAUACCAGAAAAUUGUAGACAAUUCAGUGCGCAGCAGAGAAAAAGCGCCAAGAAACGAACUCUAUUUUGCAUACGAAAAAUAACCAUAGCAACACUACCUUGGCAU